AUGUCAUCAGAUUCAGGCUUCUCGUUCCUCCCCCAAGGAGCCAUCAUCCAAGAAUUCAAAGUCGCCGGCCACAACAUCGUACUGGGGUAUCCGGAUCCCGAACCAUACGCGACAUCGCCGUUCUUUGGAGAGACGAUUGGGCGAGUGGCCAACCGGAUUGCCAACGCCGAAUUCCAAGCCAACAAUGGCAAGACGUACAAGCUGGCGGCCAACGAGGGCAAAAACCAUCUCCAUGGUGGAACGUCUGGCUGGGGCAAGAAGAAGUUCAAUGGACCGGAACCCGUCAACCGUAAUGGCAAGGAAGCUGUUUUGUUUACUUAUGUCUCUCCGGACGGCGAGGAAGGGUAUCCUGGUACGGUGGAGCUUAAAGUGUGGUAUAGUGCCUGGACGGAGCAGGACAGUGACAACGAAGGGGUCACCAAGACGGUGCUGGAAACCGAAUAUGAAGUCCAGUUGAUUGGGGAUGAAUGCGAAGAGACUGUGGUCAAUGUGACGAAUCAUGGUUAUUUCAACAUCACCGACGGGCCUACAAUCGGAGGAACCGAAAUCACACUCCACACGACAAAAUACCUGCCGGUGGACGAGGCUGACAUUCCGCUCGGCACCAUCGACGACUUUCCCGGCAUCGAAGCAGGCAAGCCAUUUGUGCUGGGCGCCACUGAGCCAGAUAUCGACCACUGCUUCAUUGUCGACGCGGACGCUUCACAUAUUCCCCUUGAUACGCGGCCGAGACCGCUGAAACCGCUGAUCAGCGCCGCGCACCCAGGCACAAAGUUGCAUUUGGACGUUUUCAGCACCGAGCCAUCUUUCCAGUUUUACACGGGCAAGUAUAUUGAUGCGCCGGCGACGGCAAACACGCCCGCCAGGGGUCCCCGGGCUGGCUUCUGUGUCGAGCCCGCUCGCUAUAUCAACGCCGUCAAUGUCCCCGAGUGGAGGGGCCAAGUGUUGUUGAAGCGUGGCCAGGUCUGGGGUGCUCGGACGGUGCACAAGGCUUGGAAGGCAUGA